GGUUUUUCACCUCUCGUUCUCGUCACCAAAAAGAUAGAAAAUUUGACUAUCAGAAAGCAUAGUCUCUUCAGAUUAGAAAUAACACAAAUAUUUUUAAAAUAAUUGUCAAUGACAUUGGUUUCAUAAAAUAACAUCGAGCAGUUUGGAUUUCUAUGAACCACGAGUAUAUCAAUGGGAAAAUGUUACCAAUACCAGUGUUUGUACGGCGAAGCAGACAGCUUAACUCACUAGUAUAUUAAAGUUUAAGAUAGUUUAGUUCAUUAUCAUUAUCAGUUCCCGUUAUAAUGCAGAAACAACCAUUGCACCAUGUGGAUACUCCGUACGAAAAAGCUACCUUUGGAAUGGGUUGUUACUGGGCUCCGGACUCCUUGUUUGGGGCAACCAAAGGUGUAUUGCGAACUUGUGUAGGCUACGCAGGCGUAACAACAGAAACUCAAAGUGAUAUUCAGGAAAGGGAUCUAACCGAAGUAAUUGAGAUUCACUAUGAUCCGGAGAAGAUAACAUACUCAGAUUUGCUAGAGUUAUUCUGGAAUAAUAGUGAGUAUAGAGUGGUGGCAAAACUGAAGCGGGAGUAUAUGUCGGUGAUAAUGUACCACAAUGAAGAGCAGCGCCAAUCAGCGGAAAUCAGCAAGGCCAUCCGGCAAGCUAAGGACGGAGACGAAUUGAUUGCUACCGAAAUUGUCCCUGCCAGUGAGUUCCAUCCAGCUCAAAGCCAUAAUCAAAAGUACCGCUUGCAAGGACAUGUUGAUAUAACCCAAGGUUUAGGACUGACCCCGGAUUUGUUGAUGACCUCACAUGUUGCGGCACGUCUCAACGGCUAUCUAGCUGGAUUAGGAGGUUUGGAACAGUUCGAAGCGGAGGCUGACUAUUUGGGGCUCACAGAAGCACAAAUUCAAUACGUAAAAAACUAUCUUUCGUAGUUUUUACCAUCCUUAUAUAAAUUAAAAGAUCUUUC